AUGGCAAUUAAUUGGAUACAAAUACCAGAUGUAAGUGAUAAUCUAAUAAUUAUAUUAAUUAUAUAUGGUAUACACUCUAUAGAUGUACAACUUGAAUAUAUGGACUUAACUAAGUCGAUAUUACCUUUGGGAUACGUUACAUCCCCUUUAUUAGUCUGUUUGAGUGGCGAAGUUAUGUUACUAUUUUUGGGUAUUCUAAUACCAAAGGACUUCUUUAUUAUGGUGGCUAUACAUUUCACGAUUGGGCUUUUCUUAAUCAACUACAGUCAACAAAACUUCAAUGUGAAGCUUAUAACAUCAUUUGUCUCAACAUUUUUACAAGCGUACAAAUUUUUGGUGUUUUAUAAUAUCGGGUUGUAUCGCUACGGUAUCGUGGGUGCUAUUAUCGUGACGUUCGUCAUCUUUGUCCUUCUCCAAUUUGGUCUUUUAGCUUGCAUCUGCAUGCAUACACCAAGACAUGAUCUUUCUAAUACUUUAACUUCCCCAAAGGCGUUUUCGACACGAUUUAUACUCUAUUUAAUCCUUUGUACAUUGACUGUAAUGUCUUCGUUUAUAACACGCCAAUACACUUUAUUUGUUGUGUGGGGAUUCUACUUCGUUUUAUAUCUUAGAAAAUGUUUUGUUCGUCCACAUGCGCGAAGACUAGGAGGUAACUAG